UUCGGCAUUAGCUGCAAAAAUGUCAGCGUUGCCCUUUCCAGUAGGACAGAUCGUUUGGGCAAAGAUCAAAGGUUAUAACCGCUGGCCGGCGUGCGUUGAAACGCCACCGGAGAAUGCCAGAAACCGAGGCGUUUACGUGCAAUUUUUUGGAACCGAUAAACCGGGGCAAUUCGGUUGGGUUCCUAAAGGCGGACUAGAGCCAUUCACAGUGGGCGAUCAGUCCAUGAGAGAGCUGUCCAACACGCAGCUGCAGGCAUGCGUGAAACUGGCUGCGUUAAAAAACAACGGGAAUACUGUCGCUCCUCCAGUCGUGCCUCCGAUUCCACAAUGCGAGGUUGACACUGUGCAAGUACAAGGGGAAACUCAAGCCCAAUCAAUUCUCGCGUCCGAGCUCAACCAGACUCCAGCUUUCAUGAAUGUCAAUGCAACUGAUUCCUUAUCUGGAAAUUCUAUUGCCACAAUAUCGCCGGCCGCUGAAGUAAGCACUCCGGAUCUGUCGCACAAUUAUUCAUUCCGCGGCGACGAAGUUCCGGCAAUUUCUGAACAGGAUGUAAUUUCCGAAGUGUCAGGCAGCACAACCGGACGAAACAAGGGGAUCAUUCCCCUAGAAGAAGUGGACAGCUGGAUUAGCGAUAAUUUUUUGCCUAGCAAGACAGCACAACUGAAAAGUGACCUGAUUUGGCAUUUCUUUGAAAGAUUUUGCGCAAGCAAAAAUUAUGUCCCAAUGCCGAACUUUCGAAAAAGCCUUGGCCGGCGAUUGUCGAAUCGGUUCAACGUAAGCGGGGGUUUCAACUGCGGAAACAAAAGUGCUAAGGGACAAAAAAGGUCCGGCAUUAAGUUGUCCGAAGAAGGAACUGUUGCGUUUGAAAGUUUGACAGGGCAUAAUGUGACGAAAAUUAUAGUACGCUAUUAACGUGCCGUUU